AUGUUCAUUAUUCCGGGGAAGUGUGUGAGUAUUCUGGAGCGAAUGUGCGGUGCCUUUCUAUGGAGUGGAGCCCCUAACUCAACCAGAGGAGCAAAGAUUGCUUGGGAUUCAAUUUGUACUCCCAAAGAAGCUGGAGGUUUGGGUUUGAGGCGUCUAGCAGAUUGGAAUAAAGUGCUAGGUCUGAAGCUGAUUUGGCUUAUUUUUACUGCUGGAGGUUCAUUAUGGGUUUCGUGGGUGAGGAGGAAUUUAAUUGGAGGUGAAAAUUUUUGGGUCUUGGAUCCAGCUAGGAGAAGAAGCUGGAUAUGGCGUUCCAUUUGCAAGUUGAGACCUCUUGCGAGACCAAUGGUGGUUUGUGAGGUUGGAUCAGGUAUUACCGCCAUCUUCUGGCAAGAUAACUGGACCUCCUUAGGACCUUUGAUUGAUCUAGUAGGAGAAAGGGGGCCGCAGGUGACGGGAUUAAGUAUAGAUGCGGUGGUGGCAGAUGCCUUAACGGCUGAGGGAUGGUGGUUAGAUCGAAGUAGAAGCAGGAGUCCAAUAAUUUCUUUACUAAAGGAGUGUUUGCCUAAUGCACAGGAGAUUAUGAGCUCUGAAGUGGAUGAUACGUACGUCUGGUAUCCGGAGCCGGGGAGAGGUACAUGUACGUUUUCAGCUAGAGAUACAUGGAGGGCCUUGCAUCCUUAUCCAGUAGAAGUAGUAUGA